AUGUCUCUCAUCGUCAUCCCAGCCAUUAUACUAACGACGAACAAUGCACCCGCAUUCUCACAGGGCGGUGUGUUGGGUAUGUUUGUAGGUCAAUCCGUGGGCGCCGGAAACCCAAGAAUGGCCGGUGUAUGGACCCAAGUGUCCUUCGUUGUCAUCUCAGUCAUUACAGUCAUCAUUAUGAUUACAUGGUCAUUGACCGGACCACUGAUCAAGCUUCUCAAGCCGGAUACAGACCCGGAGACCGUCAGUAUGGCCGGUUAUUUCGCUAUGAUCCUCGCACUAUCCCUCCCAGCGCGGAAUUUAAUGAUGCAAUUAGGUCAAUACUUUGCGGCACAGGGAAUGGUACGUCCCCCGGCCAUCGCCUCAGUCUUCGCCGCUGUCUUCAAUCUCGUUUUUGGGCUCAUAUUUGUCCUGGGUGUGGGUGUCGCGGGCUGGGAGGGUAUUGGCUUCAUCGCAUGUCCUAUUGUCACCACUGUCACCGAAUGGGUGCAAGUAGCCCUAUUUGUCCUCGUAUUCUGUAUCUGCCUCAAGAUGCACAAAAGCUCUUGGCCGGUCGAGGGGUGGGUGUGGAGUGAGAUCACAUGGGCGCGAGUGUCUGAGUUUCUGCGCAUCUUCUUGCCUGCCGCCCUGUCUCUCUCCAGUGAUUUCUGGCGUAUGAGCGUGGUUGGUAUCUUGGCCGCGUCUCUGGGUGAGCUUGACCUGGCCGUAUUCAAUGCAAGUUAUCGUAUCCUCUGGAUGGUUCUCUCGCUUGUGGGUGCGUUGGGAGCUGCUGUAGGUGUGAGGAUAAGCCUGGGUGUGGGUGCCGAGAACAUUCCUGCGGCGAAACAAUCUAUUUUUCUGGGUAGUACCUUGACUCUAGGUUCGCUUGCUGGACUGUCCGUAAUCAUAUAUUUCUUCAUCGGGCAAAUCGCACAUAUCUUCUCAAAUGACCCUAUCUUCAUAUCUGAAUUCGUUAAGGUCCGAGCGCCACUGUGUGCGUUUACCUUUUUCAUGAAUCUCUCUGUGUACCUGGAGCGUAUCCCCAUGAGUAUGGGCAAGACCAAGGAGGCUUUGUACGCCGGUCUGAUAGGCAGCUGGUUGGGGCAAGUGCCCGGCGCUUACAUUGCUGUCACCUACUGGAGACAUGACUUGGUAGGACUGUACUGGGGUGCGACGCUGGGAUAUGCCAUGUUAUGUGCACUUCUCUUUGGUAUUAUUAUCAGCACCAAUUGGGAGGAUGUUGUGCGAGAUUCUAAGAGUAGAGUCCAAGCUGACGUUGAGGAGGAAGAAAAGCCUCUAUUAGAAAACUUGUAG